CGUAUCUAUAAAAUUCUAAUCAAUGGGUUGUAUCACUAAACGGAUUUCGUUAUUGAAGUCUCUGCCACUCUUUUUCCACAACGCGGAGGCGAGAGUCGAGUCCUAGAAGGUGAAGUGACAGAGAUAAGAUGUGGCCCUCAAUAUUGGACGUAGCCAAAGCGAACCUUUUCGUGACAGCUAAAUGUCAGGGGCAGAACGAAAUUUCACAGCCGUUAGUUAAGAAUCGUAAUAUCGCGAUGGCAUCCGCUGAUACAGGCGAUAGCUGUGAGUUUGGAUCAAACAAAUACUUUAUGCUAUGUGGUUUGGGUGGUAUUUUGUCAUGUGGUAUCACUCAUACCAUGGUUACACCUUUGGAUUUGGUUAAAUGCCGAAUUCAGGUAAACCCUGAAAAAUAUAAAUCAGUCUUCAAUGGAUUCAGGGUGACAUUGGCUGAAGAUGGUACCCGUGGUUUGGUAAAAGGAUGGGCUCCAACAUUUUUUGGUUAUUCUACUCAAGGAAUGUUCAAAUUUGGUCUUUAUGAAGUCUUCAAAGUAUAUUAUUCAGCCAUUGCUGGAGAGGAACUGUCUUAUGAAUACAGGACAAGUUUAUAUCUAGUUUCUUCAGCAUCAGCAGAAUUCUUUGCUGACAUUGGUCUAGCUCCCCUUGAAGCUGCUAAAGUUAGGAUUCAAACCAUGCCUGGAUAUGCAAAUACUUUGAGAGAAGCCUUUCCCAAGAUGUUUGCUGAAGAAGGUCUUGGUGGCUUCUACAAAGGGCUGGUACCUUUGUGGCUUCGUCAAAUUCCAUACACAAUGAUGAAGUUUGCUUGUUUCGAGCGUACUGUCGAACUUUUGUACAAAUAUGUAGUUCCCAAACCAAGAUUAGAAUGCUCAAAAGGUGAGCAGUUGGUUGUCACCUUCGCAGCUGGUUAUAUCGCUGGUGUAUUCUGUGCAAUUGUAUCUCAUCCUGCUGAUUCUGUUGUAUCAAAAUUAAAUCAAGAAAAAGGAUCAACAGCAGGUGAGGUUCUGAGAAAACUUGGUUUUGCUGGUGUAUGGAAGGGUCUUGGUCCUAGGAUUGUCAUGAUCGGUACAUUGACGGCAGCACAAUGGUUUAUCUAUGAUGCUGUGAAGGUAUGGCUCCGUAUGCCGCGCCCACCACCUCCAGAGAUGCCAGAAUCUCUUAAGAAGAAAUACGGACUUGCUUAAUUGUCGUGUACCAUCGAUAUUUUUAAUCGAAUUGAGAAGCAAUUACAGUUAGAGAGAAAAACAGGCAUAGCUAAAUUACAUAAUUUCCUCACAAUACAUUGUCGAACAAUGUUUUGCCAUACAAUUUUGAGUAUUUAUUCUGUAAUACAAACAGUGCAGGACCCACUGCCUUAAUAUUAGAAGUAUUAAUGUGCUACAUCCGUGAACUGUAUUGCUUUACCAUCAGUUUGAUCGUAAAGGAAGUAGCACAUUUAAGAAAAAAAAUUCGAUAGUGACAGUGAGUUACCUAAUGUAACUAACGACUGUUACUUUGUACAUAGAGUAAUCACUGUAAAUAAAAGCUCUGUGAUUGCUCGAUUAA